GAGGCACACUAGACUGAAUAGUCUACUUGGUUAGUCAGGUCCUACCCGUUCGGCGUUCGGCUUGUACAUUUGAUACCGAGACCUCCUACUUCAGAUCUCCAAGUCAUGGCUCAGGCUAUGGUAUUUAAAUUACUGAUGACUUGCUUCGCCUGAACCCAAUCAACCACAAGACGUCAAAAGAUUCAUCCUAUCAGCUAGUACAUACGUCUCGAAAUGGCUAGAAAGGGGUUUGAAAACAUCAUUAUCGUAGGCGCUGGGCCGUCAGGGCUCUUGCUCGCCCUACUGCUUUCAAAGCAUGGCAUACCAGUUACCGUGGUCGAGAUGUCGCACGAGCUGGACCAACAGCCUCGAGCAGCACAUUAUGGCCCAGCCGCGACCCCGGACUUGAGGCGAGCUGGAGUUUUGGACAAGGUCAAGUCCGAGGGUAUGACCCUGGACACUAUGUGUUGGCGUCGCGCCGAGGACCAUGGCUAUAUCGCCGGAUUCAACGCCGAGGUCAUCUCUAACGUGGACGGCAACGACUGUCGCACCGUUUGUCUUCCAUUACAGGACUUGGACAAGCUUAUGCUGGAUCUUUUUGUGGACAAGUAUAAUGGCAACAUCCUGUGGAAACACAAAGUCGUCGACGUCGGUCAAGAUGAGAACAAAGCGUGGAUUGACGUCGAGGCUCCGGACGGGAAGAAGCGGCUGGAGGCAGACUACGUUGUCGGCUGCGACGGUGCGAACAGCGCCGUCAGAAGGGCAUUAUUUGGCAGUGACUACCCUGGCUUUACUUGGGAUGCUCAAAUUAUCGCAACUAAUACUUAUUAUGAUUUCGAGGGCAAGUUUGGGUUUGACGAUGCCAACUUCAUUAUACACCCUGAGCACUUCUUUAUGGCAGCAAAGAUUACGCGCGACGGCCUGUACCGUGUCACCUAUGGCGAAACGCCCGGCCUGUCUACUGAAGAAUAUAAAGAAAGGCAACCGUGGAAGUUUGAGACAAUGCUCCCUGGAAAUCCGAAGCCGGAUGAGUACAAGAUGAUCAACUUCGCGCCGUACAAAAUGCAUCAACGAUGCGCAACCAAAUUCCGAGUUGGCCGCAUUCUCCUGGCCGCCGACGCCGCACAUCUCUGUAACCCGUGGGGCGGACUUGGGAUUACGGGCGGAUUUGUGGAUUGUGGAGGCCUCUUCGACUGUCUCGCUGGCAUAUGGGAUGGCAAAGCCGACGACUCUAUCCUAGACUUGUACAGCGAGAAGAGGAUCGAGAAGUGGAAGACUAUCAUCGAUCCAAUUUCGCAGGAGAACUUCCGUCGCGUGUCCGACAAAGACCCAGCGACCAGGUACGAGAGGGAUGAAUUUAUGCACUUGUUGACCAAGGGGCAGACGGACAAGGCUUUCUUGAAAGAAUUGCUCAUGGGAACCUUUGAUGUAAGAUAUGAUUUUACUCAGCAUUAUCAUAAUGCUGCGAAGGCGGCAUAG